ACUUGUCCCCUUCUACUACUAACCGAUCUCUUCUUCUUAUUUCCACAUUUUGAUCUAGUCUCUCUCUAGCUCUCACUCUCUUUACUCUCCAUAUGUCUCCGAUAAGUCCUCCGGCCAGUGGGGUUGGGUUAGGCUAUGGCAUCGCCAUUGCCGUAAGCAUCUUGGUUCUCAUUUCCUUUAUAAUGCUGGCUUCAUACAUCUGCAUAAGGUCAAAAUCUACAGGAAGAGAUGAAGCUACGACGAGUGACGGAGUUCUUGAAUGGCCGUCGCCCGCGGCUGUGGUGAAACUCGGUCUAGACCGGCCAGUGAUAGAGUCAUAUCCAAGGAUAGUGUUGGGAGAUAGCCGGAGAUUACCGAGGCCCAACAACGGCCCAUGUUCGAUAUGUUUAUGUGAUUACGAGGCUAGGGAACCGGUUCGGUGUAUACCGGAAUGCAACCACUGCUUCCACACUGAUUGUGUUGAUGAGUGGCUCCGGACUAGUGCUACGUGUCCUCUUUGUAGGAACUCACCAGCUCCGUCUAGGCUAGCUACUCCAUUGUCCGAUUUGGUCCCACUUGCCUUUCAAAUCAGGUGAAGGGUUGGUUAAUAAUCACCUUUUUUUUUGUCUAGCUCCCUUUAUCACUUCAUGUUUUGAGAUUUGAUGAAAUUAAUUUAAAAUUUGUUGUUAUACUUAAAAGUUAAAAUUGAAUUUGAAAGCUCAAUAACAUU